CAAGUGGCAGCAGACUUUAAUUAUAAAAUUAAAUUUACCAUGAAAAUAGUGUAGUUAAAUAUUGAAAAAGUGUUUUAAAAAGUCUUUCGUUCAAGUGCAAAAGUUGAAAGGACUUGGAUUGUUCCAGCUUAGGGAAUAUGCUGCCUCUUCUUGGUGCUAUUUCCGGUGGAAGCAAUAUGAAUAGUAAUCAGAAUUUCAUCAAUCAACUUGCGGCUGCAAUUACCUCAGCUGUUGGUGCAGCAAGUGCGGCUAAUACUACGAAUCGAAAUAAUAAUGUGCGCGAACGUACACCGGAACCACCACCGGCACCUAGCUUUCGCAUGAAUUCGCCAAAAAGAGUAAAACCCAAUCGUGGCACUGCGCCUAUGGAUAUUGAAAGUGAAACGGAGAUUGAGCCUCUAACACAUAUGACGGCAAACAAUACUGUGCAUUCAACUACAGACUCGAAUAUGCAAUUAGGAAUGCAAAACACUCAAAUGUUUAUGAAUGGUGGUUUUAUGCCACCAACGGCCGCCGCAGCAACGGGCAAUGCUUACAUGUUCUAUCGAACCAACGCAGCAGCAGGGAAUGUGGCCUCGACAACCGCAACGCCAGCAGCUGCCAAUCAAAUGUUUAUGGAUCCAACAGCAAUGUUGGCAGCAAUGCAGCAAUUGCAACAAAAUUAUGCUGCUGGUUUUGCUUCUACAAUGUCAAACACCGAACUUUCUCUCAAUGGGCAGUCAGCUGCAACAACGACCGCUGUUGCUGGCAUGAAAGAAGUUAUCAAAACACAAAAUUGUACACUAUUUCCGCCCAAUCCAAAUGUGCCACCGCCCACUACACGUGAACGUCCCCCUGGUUGUCGCACUGUUUUUGUAGGCGGCCUGCCUGAAAACAGCUCCGAGGAUCUUAUACGUGAAGUAUUUGAAUCCUGUGGUGAAAUCACCACAUUGCGGUCAUCAAAGAAAAACUUCUGUCAUAUACGUUAUCGUCAUGAAGCUGCCGUUGAACGUGCCAUCUAUCUCUCUGGCUAUCGUAUGCGUGUGACUAAUAGUAGUGAACCAGCAAAUUUCGGACGUUUGCAUGUUGAUUAUGCACAAGCCCGAGAUGAUCUAUACGAUUAUGAAUGUAAGCAAAGACAACUGCAACGCGAGCAACGUCACAAAGAACGUGUAUCGACUGAUCGAAUGCGUUCGACAUCGCCGCCACCCAUACCGCAUUAUAAUGAACAUGAAGCGUCACUGGUAGCCGAACAUCUGCGUACAAGUGAUACGUUUGUAAAGGCCGUGCAGACAAUUGCAGUUUGGUUGGAGCGUGGCGAUUGUACGAAACGCAAUGCUAAUAUGUUUUAUUCGAUGAUACAAAGUACACACGCACAAGUGCGUCGCUUGCAUACCGAUAAACAGCUGUUGGAAGAUGAUUUGCGGAAAGCGCGUGAAAGUUAUCGAAGGCAAAUGUUGAUAAUGUCCACACAAUUCACUCAGAUUGAAAAAGUGUUCAGUGCAGCAAGUCACAAGAAGGUUUGGGACCAUUUCACCAAAGCUCAAAGAAAGAACAUCGAUCAGUGGAAGAAGCUGGCAUUGGAAUUGCGCUGUGUUCAAAUUGAGGAUGAUGAAAUGGAAAUGUCAGACGACGAUCGUAACUAUCAGGGUGGCAGCGCCAAGCGUACGCGUUACGAUGCCGACAGUUUGAAGGAGGAAAACGACUCUCUUCGCUGCCAAUUGGAUGCUUACCGUAGCGAAAUGUCGCACGUGCGCACCGACAUCAACUACGAUAACGAUUAUCGUGAGAAACAGAUUAAAGUGCUGCAAGAAACGAUUCGUAAUAUGCAAACACAAUUGUUGCAAAUGAAAUCGCGCGAGCAGAAAGACAUUAAAACGAUUGAGCAGUUGCAGCGCAAGCUGAAAGAAGCCGGCGUCAAGCAAUUAUUACUAAAAACUAAAAUUAAAGAAACACUCAAGCGAAGAGAUCGCGAAACAGCGUCAAUUAACUCUGAAAACAGUGAAAUUUUAGUUGAUGAAGCAGACGAUGAUGACGAGAACGAAGAUGAUGAUGAUGUUAAGGAGGUGCAUGUGAAUAACGGGUCAGAAAAUAAUAAUACUGUGGAUGGUAAACAUAAAGAGAGCAAUCAUAGAGAAUCAUCUUCGGGUGAACCUAAAACGAGUGAAAUUAUCGAUAUCGAUGGCUACAAAAGUGAUGACGAAGUGAAUAUCAUUGAAGAUCAGAAUGAUGUGGUGGAAAUAAAUGAAACCGAUGAUGAUGAGAAGAGCGUUAACCAAGACAGUAAUGACGAUGAACAGCUUUUAGAUGAAGCGGAGAAAGAUGAGCCGAAUGGAAAAGAAGCAAAAUCUGCGACAGACGAAGUGUCAUGUGGAAAUUUAGAGAUGGAAGACACCGAGAAACCCGAAGAUUUUUCGUGUAGCGAAAAAGUGGAAACUAAAAUGGCGGAGGAUGACAAUGACGUUGAGUCAAAACAAUUCUUGCCAUUUUUUGAAGCUCAAAUCAUUGCAAUUGUUGCUGCUUAUCUAAUAGUGCAUCCCUUCGCUGUCAGCACCGAGUCAAUUUGCAAUUAUCUACGCCAGACUAUGAAAACCCUCGAAUUACAGGAAGCAACGUUGGAAGAAAUACUUGGCACCUACACGAAUCUCUUUGAGGUGGCAGAUGAAACGGAGACGAAGAAUAGUGAGCUCAAAGCGAAGUGGAAGUUUUGCGGUUUUACAACAACAACAACUAAUGAAGAAGCCGAAACGAAACAGAAUGAUGCGACUGCUAAAGAAUAGUAGUAUAUAAGGAAAUGCAAUUUUAUUACAGAGAAUUCAAUCUCUAUUUUUGCUAAAUAUACCAAAUAUGGAAUGCAAAACUUUUUUUUAAUACAU